CGAUAUUCCAAUCACAAUCUUUCUGUUGUAGUUACCUGUAUCGUCGGCUUCUCAACUGCUACAAUAUGCCCUUGGACACAAUAUAUCUAACGCGCCAUGGCCACCGCCUCAAUUGGACAAUCGACUACAAAACAGGCACAUACAGAGCCCAAUUCCCGACUCCAACUGGAAACCCUGCCGACCCAACCCUAACCUCCCAUGGCGUCCGGCAAUCGCACGAACUAGCCGCGCACAUCGCGAGCCCGGCGUUCCAGCCCAAGCCGUUCCGCGUGUACUGCAGCCCCUUCUACCGCUGUCUGCAGACGAUCCAGCCAACCGUCGAGGCGCUAAAGGCAAAGAAGCAGCACGAGCAAAGCAGCGACAUCGACGCUUGCGCGGACUUUGACGUCAGGAUCGAGAAUGGGAUAGGAUACAAACUGCUAACACAGAUACAAGGGAAUGGUUCGGCCCAACCUCCUUCUUCGAGCACCCCUCCCCGGCCACACCGUCAACCCUCCACUCCCACUUCCCCAGCAUCCUCCCGUCCCACCCUCAAAGCACACCCCGCACCUCCUCCCCUCCCCCGCGGCGAGACCAUCGCACAGCUGCACGACCGCCUCGCCACUGCGCUGGCAGGCAUAAUCGCCGACGUGGACGCCGAGAUCGCGGCCCUGGAGGACUCUCAGCCCCCGGACCAGCGCUCCAGCAAGGCGCUGCUUAUCUGCUCGCAUGCGGCACCCCUGAUUGCCAUGGGCCGGGCGUUGACGGGCGCGAUGCCGGAGGAUAGUUCCACCGAGGACUUUUUUGUUUUCACGGCGGGGUUGAGUACGUUUCGGCGGAGACGAAACGAAGUUGGUACGGCUAGGCCUGGGGCGGAGGUGUCGGCUGCGGAGGCGUUGGCUCCCGGGACGAAGAUCCUGCGGGCUGAGACGAGGGUGCCGGAUUGGCGCGGUGGGAAGGGUGUCGGGGGUGGAUGGGACUGUGUGAAGAAUGGGGACUGUGGGUUUCUCAGUACGGGGGCUGAGAGGGGCUGGCAUUUCAAUGGAGAGGAGUCGUUUGAUACGGGCCCUAUGGCGCCGCCGUCUGAGGUUCCUACUUCCCCUCAGGAUACGUCGGCAGUGAAGCUUGGCCUGAAGUUGUGAAUAGAGCAUAGGGGUUGGUAGAAGAGAAUCCCCAGCAGAUACCCUAAACCGGGAACAUAGAACCAACAGGCUUUGACCUUUAGUAACUAGAGAAGAACACAAUGCCUGUUAUGCAAUUCAACUAUUGAGGU